UACGCCCACAGUUCUAACAGUAAACACGCGCCCCUUCAUCCUUAUUGCUUCAUCACUCUUUCUUCACCCAUUCUCUUCUCUUCUCUGUCGGCAUCUUUGCGUUUUCUCUCUUCUCUCUCUCUCUCUCUCUCACUCUCUAUCCAAUUUCAAAACCCUAGAUAUCCGCUUCUCUUAAUCCAAAUCCAAAUUUAUCUCUUAUCGAUUCGACAGCCUAAGUAGGAUGAUUGCUUCCCCUGUGGGUUUUGGAAGGAGUCAGAUGUUAUUGGGUUAAUUUUCACUUUUAACAGCUGAUAAACUCAAUCUCAGUUUAAUCCUUCUAUAUAUAUUAAAUGGAUCGACGUGAUACCUCAGGAUUUGUCAGCGGCGGUGCAUUACACUCUUGUGGACACAUCUAACCCUAACUUUUUAGAUAUACAUCUCUUUUUCUUUUUUUUGCCCGGAAUUCAGGCAAGCCGUUCUAUUGAAAUUGAUAAAUAGGGUUAGAUAUUUAUUUCUGCAGUUGUUUUAUGGAAUCAAGGUUCCAGCACCUGGGAUUUCCUGUUCAUAAUUCUGCAAAUGCAUUCAAGAUUUUGGGCAAUUCUAUGCAAGUUGAGGGAAGUGCAUCUGAUUAUUAUGGCACUGAUACUGUGUUACGACUUGAUUCCCCGGGUUUUUCAAUCCCCUCCCAUAAGGCUUCCUCUAGGGGAACAAAAAGGAAGUGGGAUUUAAUUGAUGGAUGUAUGGGUCAGAGAGUUGGCUCUUCCUUGUCACUUGGGCUUGGGCUUUCAACCAGCUCAUCGGACAGCAAGGGAAGUUCAGCUGUUGCUUGCACUGCUAUGUCUUCAGGCAAAGAUAUUGAUGAGGAAUCAUCUAUGGAUAUUGAACUGGACUUUACUCUGAAUCUCGGCUGUGAGAAGGUACAUAGCCUGAAGAAAUCAUUUGAUUCAAAUAUGAAGACAUUGGAGUUGCAACCAAAGUUUGAUUUGGAGUUGAGUCUUUCCACAGGACCAUGCGAGUCAGAUAUUACAAGUGUUCAUCUAAAUCGAUCAUUACCUCAAUUAAAUAUGGAGAUGGCCUCGGUAUUCAGUGGGACGCAAAAUACAGACGAGGGAUCAACGUCAUGCAGUUGGAAGCCGGGGCUUGUUUUGCCAUCCUUAAAUACAGAGGCCAGUAUCCUUUUUAAUCAGGCUCCAAAGCAGCUUGAUCAUAGUCCCAUUGUUCUGGACCUCUCCUCAACCAGAUCAGUCACGUGCACUUCUGGAAUAACACAUCAGCAUCAGCCACCACAUCGCCACGGUAAUUCCAAGAUAUGUCAAGUUGAGGGAUGUGGAAAGGGAGCCAGAGGUGCUUCUGGACGAUGUAUAUCUCAUGGAGGUGGUAGGAGGUGUCAGAAACCUGGCUGCCACAAAGGAGCCGAGGGUCGUACAGUGUACUGCAAGGCCCAUGGAGGCGGCAGGCGGUGUGAAUACCUUGGUUGCACCAAGAGUGCAGAAGGACGGACAGAUUUCUGUAUUGCCCAUGGUGGUGGCCGGAGAUGCAGUCAUGAUGGUUGUUCUAGAGCUGCCAGAGGAAAAUCUGGACUGUGUAUCCGGCAUGGUGGUGGCAAGAGGUGCCAAAAAGAAAAUUGCACCAAGAGUGCUGAAGGUCUGUCAGGUCUCUGCAUCUCACAUGGUGGGGGACGUCGAUGCCAAGUUUCUGGAUGUACAAAAGGGGCCCAGGGGAGCACCAUGUUUUGCAAAGCACAUGGUGGGGGUAAACGGUGUACAGCACCAGGGUGCACCAAGGGUGCUGAGGGGAGCACCCCCUUUUGUAAGGGUCAUGGUGGGGGGAAACGCUGUACAUACCAGGGUGGUGGAGUUUGCACUAAAAGUGUUCAUGGAGGUACCAAUUUCUGUGUGGCACAUGGGGGUGGAAAGAGGUGUGCUGUAACAGGCUGCACAAAGAGUGCCAGAGGAAGGACUGAUCACUGUGUCCGCCACGGAGGAGGCAAGAGAUGCAAGUUUGAAGGGUGUGGAAAGAGUGCACAAGGCAGCACUGACUUUUGCAAGGCACAUGGAGGAGGCAAGAGAUGCUCGUGGGGCCAUCCUGAGUCAGAACAUGGCAUCCAGCCAGAUGGUCCUUGUACUUCAUUUGCAAGGGGGAAAACGGGUCUGUGUGCACUUCAUAGUGGACUAGUGCAUGAUAGGAGGGUUCAUGGAGGUGUCUCUUUAGGAUCUGUUCAGGAUCCUCGUUGUAGCAAACCAGUUGAAGUGACUAUGAUGAAGAUAGGGAGUAGCAUAGGCAACACAGCUGCUCCUAGAACUUGUUCAGAUUUGAAACAACAUGAAGUUGCAAGUGCUUGUGCCUCAGUUGAGGAAGGCGGUCGUUUUCCUAUGUCAGUUGCUGUUCCUGAAGGAAGGGUGCAUGGUGGAAGUCUAAUGGCAUUGCUGACGUCGGGUGGUACAAGCAGCGUGAAAGGUCUCACUGGCGGUGAUCUAUCCAAGCCAAUCAAAGGUUACAAUAUCUUGCCCCAGAGUUGGAUUUAAGGGUAGUUAUCAUUUCUGUUGUUGUGGUUUCCUUAUUUAACAAAUUUUAUUAGCAUUUUAUCUUUGUUAUUCCCUUUGACGUUAGAUUUUUGACGAUUAGUUUUAUUCUGUCAUCCAUUGAAAUUGAGAGAAUACCCAAGUCGUUUAACAAUCUAACGUAGGGGAUAUCAAAGUAGGAUAUUGUACUUUGUUAGGUAGUUGGUGAUGUUAUUUUCCCAUUCCUGUGUAAAUAUUAUUAAAUCUGAUGAAACGUCUAGCAGGUUGUGAAUACAUGUUGCUGCCUGUAAGGACUGUAGUGUGCCAUGUAUUCUAUUUUAAUAAUUAAUAAUAAAGCCUUCACUAUCGUAUAUUUUGUUAUAA